UGCGAGAGAGACAAGAACUGGAUUUACAAGCGUGUAAGUUUAAGAGAGCUUUGCGCUUCACCCUUUGGACUGCGUUAGCUUUUUUGGCACGAGGAGAGCGGAAAUGGGCAGUACACUUUGGGGAGCAGAGGGUCUGAUAUGCGCGUGCUGAGCCACACUCCUUGGAGGAGCUCGCGACCACUUCGCAGCAGCAUGAGGACGUGAGCAGGUCGGAAGGAGCGGCUCCUGGGUCCCGACGUGCCUCCUCUCUUCCUCCUCGGUCACGCCUGCGCGCUCAAACUGUGGCCGGCCUCAGAGCGUUGCUCGGCCUCAGCUCUGAAAUCUCGGCACAUCAGAGAGCCAGGGGCGCGCGGCCGCUCCGCGUGUGCUCCUCCGUGGCAGCAAUGAUGCUCACGCUCACCUUCACCUGCCGCGCGCUGCUCCUCUUCCUGCUCUCGGAGUCGGUUCAGACCGACAAGACGGCGCCCUUCCUGAUCACAGAGAACAUGUGGCCUCGUGGUUGUGUGCUGGACUGCCAGAGGGGGCGCCACAGACCUGUGUGUGGCAGCAAUGGCAGGCUGUAUAAAUCGCUGUGUGCCUUUCAGAGGGCACAGUGCAUCAACACACAGCUCCGCCACGUUGCACGGGGACACUGCACAGAUCUGUUACAGACUAAAUGCCAGCUGGCCCAAGCUCAGGGCCUUGAGGCCAGAGCCCGCAGCCGCGGUAGUCCUGCAGCUGCAGUUUUUGUGCCUGCGUGCAGUCCCGAAGGUCACUUCAUGCCCAUGCAGUGCCACAACCAGACCGGAUAUUGCUGGUGCUCCACGCCCGAUGGCAAACCUGUCAGUGGUACCACGGUCCUCCAUGUGGUCCCCAACUGCACUGAUCACCUCGCCGAGCUCGUUCAAAUCACCGAUACAGAUGCAACACCAAUCAAAGAUGGAGACGUUGGACCUGGACCUACAAUGGACCCUAGAAAACCUGCAGAGCUGACGGCGCCUCCAUUCUGGGUGACCAUCCUGAUGAACUCUGAGCCACGAGGAAACCGCUCACUCAGACGACCUCCUGACAAUCCUCAGACUUGUCAGCGUGAGCGAGCGUCUCUGCUCUCUCAGGCUCGCCAAGCCCGGGAGGAUGAGCGUUUCAUCCCAGAAUGCACUGCAGAUGGGCGUUACAGCCCUGUGCAGUGCCACAAGGCUACAGGUUACUGCUGGUGUGUCAGAGUGGACACUGGGAGGCCACGACCAGGCACCUCAGCACGGAAUCAAAUUCCAGACUGCACUAGGCCAGAGGCGGCAUCACUGGAGAAACCGCUUCCUGGGUGUCCUGGAGCUCGUAAGAAGAAGUUCCUUCAGAGUCUGGUCAGAGCGCUGCAGGUGGAAGCACAGCAUGCUGGGAGUCUGAGUCCCUACCAGUAA